UUUGCUCCAUUUUAUCACCCUUCUUGCCAUAUUUGUUAAGUGAAUGGCUACAGUUGUUAAGUUAGUAACACGGUUGUUAAGUGAAUCUGGCUUCCCCGUUGACUUUGCUUGUCAGAAGGUCGCAAAAGGGGAUCACAUGACCUCAGGACAUAGCAACGGUCCUAAAUAUGAGUCAGUUGCCAAGCAUCUGAAUUUUGAACACAUGACCAUGGGGAUGCUGCAACGGUCAUAAGUUGAAAAAUGGUCAUAAGUCACUUUUUUCAGUGCUGUAAUUUUGAAUGGUCACGAAACAAAUGGUUGUAAGUCCAGGACUGACAUAUAUUAGUUUUGUGAUGCAAUCCUUGUUCAUUCUGUCUUAUUCAUGCACUAUUGUGUUCAAUCCAUGUUCAUUCACCAUUUCUGCAUUGUGUCUCAGAUCCUUGUUUUACAUCACACACGUUUUACAUCAAUUCCCAACACGUUCAAAUUACUUUUAUGCAUUUAUAUAUUUAUAUCCCUCCUUUAUUAUUUUUACAAAUAAAGCGGUGAAUACAUCCAACACCUUCUAUUUUCCUCUACAACAGUCCUCCUGUUUUCUCCACAACAACAACCCUGUGUAGUGGGCUAGGCUGACAGUGACCGGCCCAAGAUCACCCAGCUGGCUUUCAUGGCUAAGGCAAGACAAACUCACCAUCUCUUGCUUUUUAGUCUGGUGCCUUAACUUCUAGGUCAGGGGUGUCAAACUGGCGGCCCGUGGGCCGGAUGCAUCUCGCGCAGGCCACGCCCACCCCAGUUCCGCAAAUGGGGACAACAUCGCGAAACGUCACGUGACGCGGUGAGUUUGACACCCCUGCAUGAGAUUAUAUUUCUUGUGAUUUACCCAACUCCGUGUAACUGCAGUCUUGAAUUAAGCUACUUUUGCUUCUUUGGGCAAAUACAGGUAAUCCUCGGGUUAUGACUGUAAAAACGAGCUCACAAUUACAGUUGUAAGUUGCAACUGUUAAGCAAAUCACAUGACCACCCCUGCUUUUAUGACCUUUUUAUGCGGUGGUGAACUGAAUGCCGCAGUUGUUAAAUAAAACCAUUUUAGCUAGUGGGUAGUUUUUUUUUCCCCACUGGAAACCAGAAAUAAACAUUAGUUUUUGCACACACACACCCCAAAAAAUUGCCACAAUAGUCACAUGACAUGGGGAAGCUACAAAUGGUCCCAAAUGAGGGACAUUUGCCCAAUGCCCAAAAUACAAUCACAUGACCAGAACUGGGUCAUAAAUAGCUCUGGGAAUGUCUGUUAUAACUUUGAGUGGUCGCUAGGUGACUAGGCAUAUAUCAAGGACUACCUGUAAAAUCUUUCCUUGCAACUCACUACGUAACAUAUUCUAACUUUCUACCAUCUUAAAAUUUCCCCAUACAUUUUCUCAUUCUACCAAAGUACACGUAGUCCCCACUUAAUGACUGUGAUUCAGAUUAGAAUUUGUGUCACUAAAUGAUGCAGAUGUAAAGUGUAACGUCACGUGACCAUGCCAGUAAAUGAGAGCAGUUCUGGCAUUUCCGAUCGGUGUCGUUAAACAACUGUACCAUGGUUCAACACGAACCACAGGGUUGCCAUUUGUAGCCUUCCGCCAGCUUCCUCAUUGGCUGCUUGUUGUAAACCAGGAACAGAGGUCGCAAAUGGCGAUCACAUGACUGCAGGAUGAUGUAAUGUCAUAACUGACGGUUGCCCGGGGCCUGGAUCAUGUGAUCAUGGAGAUGCUGCAACAACUGCAGCUACAAGGACAAGCUUGGCUGAGUGUCCAUAAAGCAUCAUUCAAAAGUAGGCAAUUACCUUUACAAUUUAGAAAGGACCAUGGAUCACCUGGCUUCAUUCAGCAUGCUUCACAAGAGGAUUUGAAUAUAAGAAGCAUCAGAGUGACCAUUCCUAUGAAAUAAUGACCUCUAAUUUCCCCGUCCUUGAUCCUACCUGGACCGCUCAGGAAGAAAUGGCUCUCCUGGAAGCAGUGAUGGAUUGUGGCUUUGGAAACUGGCAAGAUGUAGCCAACCAGAUGAGCACAAAGACGAAAGAAGAGUGUGAAAAGCAUUACAUGAAGCAUUUCAUCAACAACCCCCUUUUCGCAUCCUCCUUAUUACAUCUGAAGCAGGCGGGGGAGAAGCAGCAAACCAGCUUAGCCAUUCCGUUUUAUGCAUCUGAAGAUCCACCCCGGCCUACCUUUGAUUCCCUUCUUUCUAGAGACAUGGCAGGAUACAUGCCAGCCAGGGCCGAUUUCAUCGAGGAGUUUGACAAUUAUGCCGAAUGGGAUUUAAGAGAUAUCGAUUUUGUAGAGGAUGACUCAGAUCUUUUACACGCUUUGAAGAUUGCAGUCGUAGAUAUCUAUCACUCUCGGUUAAAGGAAAGGCAGAGACGGAAAAAAAUCAUCAAAGACCAUGGGCUAAUCAAUCUCAGAAAGUUUCAGAUUCUGGAAAGAAAAUACCCAAAGAAAGUUCAAGACCUCUAUGAGGCCAUGAGGCGCUUUGCAAGAAUAUUAGGACCGACGGAACAUGAUAAAUUCAUAGAGAGCCACGCACUGGAGUUUGAACUGCGAACUGAAAUCAAACGCCUACAGGAAUACAGGGUAGCAGGAAUCACCAAUUUCUGCAGUCUCCGGCACACAGAUAUGCGUGCGCAAGCGCGUAUUCCAGUUUGGGUACUCGGUGAUGAACAGGUUCGCCAUCCCUGCCCUACACCAUUUCUGACAAAUGACAGUGAAGACCGUCCCACGGUGCCUCUGCCAGCGAAAACAGACCUCGCGGCCUCUCGGGCUCCGUUUUCAGCCAUGAUGACCUGCAAUCCUCUGCCAGUGAAGACAGAGCUCUGGAGCACCUCCUCCACCCCACCCUCCCAAGGUGCGAGGACAUACGAUCGUCUCAAGAAAGUGCGGGAAGAGGAGCGGCUAAAACGCACCAUGCUUACUGAAGUCCUGCAGUACAUCCAGGACAGCAGCGCCUGCCAGCAGUGGCUCAGCCGGCAAGCUGACAUCGAUUCUGGCUUGAGUCUCACAGUACCAAUUACGUCAAAUUCAGGUAGAAGAAGCGCCCCUCCGUUGAACCUCACCGGUCUCCCUGGAACGGAAAAGCUGAACGAGAGGGAAAAAGAGCUCUGUCAAAUCGUACGGUUGGUCCCUGGAGCAUACUUAGAGUACAAAGCCGCCUUAGUCAACGAGUGCCAUAAACAAGGAGGCCUUAGGCUAGCCCAGGCCCGAGCCCUGAUCAAGAUCGACGUGAACAAGACCAGGAAGAUCUACGACUUCCUCAUCCGAGAAGGAUCCAUCACCAAAGCCUAACAUGAAAGAAAAAAAAAUCAGAACCUUUUUUUGGGGGGGUACUUUUUGCACCUUGUGCUUUUGAAGCGAAGAUUGGGGUUUCGUCCGUCGUGACUGCCUUGCAAGAUGGAGAAAGACGUCUUCGCAAACUUCAUUUACAUGUCCUCGGUUCUUUUUAACUCUGGCGUAUAACGAUUUGUGUGCCCUGUGCUGCUAUGAACUUUUUUUUUUGGGAAAGAAUGGUAAGAUAUGUAAUCUAUUAAUAAAAUAUGAGUGGGUAGCGUG